GUGCGCGUGGGCGCGCGGUGUCUCGGCGAAGCCGUGUGACGAGGAGCUGAGGCGGCUGAGGGGAAGGAGGCGGAGGCGUGUUGGGAGAUUAACCGGGAUCGCCCGGAAAACCAGAGAAAACACCGAGGAGACCUGUCAACAGGCUUUUCUGGACGCGUGAUAAUUCUUUCGUGGCUAGUCUGUGACGGCGUGACCAGGAGCUACGAGAGGUUUCUCGUGAACUACAAUGGAUUCUACAGGACAGGACCAAAAGCACUGGCAUCGUAACGCAGUUUGAUCAUAAAGGGGUCCCGGACCUUUCGGACAGUCAUGACAACUUCCCACAUGAACGGACACGUGGCAGAGGAUUCUGACAGCGAAGUCAAAAAUGCCGAUCUCGCCUCCCCGGAGGAACCUCCGAAACACCGCGAAAUGGCCGUUGACUGCCCUGGAGAUCUGGGUUCCAGGAUGAUGCCAAUUCGGCGAAGCGCUCAACUCGAACGCAUUCGGCAGCAGCAGGAGGACAUGAGGCGCAGGCGAGAGGAAGAGGGAAAGAAGCAAGAGCUCGACCUUAAUUCUUCCAUGAGGCUUAAGAAAUUAGCCCAGAUCCCCCCCAAGAUAGGAAUAGAUAACCCCAUAUUUGAUACGGAGGAAGGAGUCAUCUUGGAGAGCCCUCACUGUGCUGUGAAAGUAUUAGAAGUGGAAGACUUAUUUUCUUCGCUUAAACAUAUCCAGCACACUUUGGUAGACUCACAGAGCCAGGAGGACAUCUCUCUACUUUUACAACUUGUCCAAAAUACCGACUUCCUGAAUGCAUUCAAGAUACACAAUGCCGUCACCGUGCACAUGAACAAAGCCAGUCCACCGUUUCCUCUUCUCGCCAACGCCAAAGAGCUUGCACAAGAGGUACAAACUGUUUUGAAACCAAGCCAUCAAAAGGAAGGACAGGAACUAAAUUCUUUGCUAAAUGCACCUCAUAUUCAGGCACUCUUGCUGGCCCAUGAUAAAGUUGCUGAACAGGAAAUGCAGCCAGAGUCCCUGACAGAGGAGAGGGUUUAUGAGAGCGUUGGCCAGUAUGGAGGGGAGACUGUCAAAAUAGUUCGCAUAGAAAAGGCUCGGGACAUUCCGUUGGGUGCUACGGUCCGAAACGAAAUGGACUCCGUCAUCAUAAGUCGCAUAGUGAAAGGGGGUGCUGCAGAAAAAAGUGGAUUAUUGCACGAAGGAGAUGAAGUUUUGGAGAUUAAUGGCAUUGAAAUCCGCGGAAAGGAUGUCAACGAGGUGUUUGACCUGCUGGCCGACAUGCACGGUACAUUGACAUUUGUACUGAUUCCCAGUCAACAUAACAAGUCCCCGCCUGCCAAGGAAACAGUGAUCCAUGUGAAAGCUCAUUUUGACUACGAUCCCUCUGACGAUCCUUACGUUCCCUGCCGAGAGUUGGGGCUUUCUUUUCAGAAGGGGGACAUACUCCAUGUCAUCAGCCAGGAGGAUCCAAAUUGGUGGCAGGCCUACAGAGAGGGGGAUGAAGACAAUCAGCCUCUGGCAGGGCUCGUUCCAGGAAAAAAUUUUCAGCAACAAAGGGAAGCCAUGAAGCAAACCAUUGAGGAAGACAAGGAGCCAGAAAAAUCAGGAAAACUGUGGUGUGCGAAGAAGAAUAAAAAGAAAAGAAAAAAGGUUUUGUAUAAUGCCAAUAAAAAUGAUGAUUACGACAACGAGGAAAUCUUAACUUAUGAAGAAAUGUCACUCUAUCACCAGCCGGCUAAUAGGAAAAGGCCCAUCAUUUUGAUCGGGCCCCAGAACUGUGGCCAGAACGAGCUGCGUCAGAGGCUCAUGAAUAACGAAACCGAUCGGUUCGCAUCUGCGGUUCCCCACACAACCCGGACUAGAAGAGACAACGAAGUCGCUGGCAGAGAUUACCACUUUGUCUCCCGGCAGGCCUUUGAGGCCGAUAUAGCCGCCGGGAAGUUCAUCGAACACGGCGAGUUUGAGAAGAACUUGUACGGUACCAGCGUCGAUUCUGUGCGGCAAGUCAUCAACUCCGGAAAGAUAUGCCUCUUAACUCUUCAUACGCAGUCACUGAAGAGCCUCCGGAACUCGGAUUUGAAGCCAUACAUCAUCUUCAUUGCACCCCCUUCCCAAGAGAGGCUUCGUGCGCUUUUGGCCAAAGAGGGUAAAAACCCAAAGUUUAUGGAUGAAAGCAGGAGCUUACAGUUCCGCGGGGGACAUGAAAAAGCUUACGGGAGUAAGAAGAGGCGGGAAAAAAGUGGAUACAUACAAGAAGAAGUGUUUCAGCAGUUGGAAAGCCAGAACGCGCCAACAGAUAACGACUUAACUUUCUACUACCUGGGACUAUCACGAUGCUAG